GAAGUUCCAGAUGUCAAAAUUCUUAAACGUAGAAAACAAUAACAUUAGGUGAAACGUAUCGCUUUCAGUGAAGAACUAACAGAAAUACGUGAUGUUCCCAUGUUUCAUGGACAAUAUUUAAAUGUUUCGUUAUCCAAUUGCAAUAUACUUGCCCAAUCGCGUAUGUUCGAAUCGAACGCUAAUUCCGAUACGCAGGUAUAAUGGCGUUUUAUGACAACAAAUAUUGGAUUCUUUCCCAUGUAAGGAACUCAUUCUUGUAUUCAGAUGAUACUGGUAUGUGUGAAAUGAUAUUGCAGAAUGCUGAUAUACCAAAGAAUAUCAGAGAAGAGGGCAAAAAGUUAUGGUUUGGGAACCUGGAUGAUUCAGAGGAAGAAUUUGAUGAUGAUGGACGGAUUCACACACGAUCUCUGGGAAAUGGUAAUGAUGACUUCGGAACCAGAAGAAGAAGGCUUAACACUGUAGUAAGGCUAGAAAAGAUGAAGAAAGAACAACAGGCAGCAGCUAUGAUAAGUACUAUUAGAUGGAAAGAGCCAGAUUUGACAAUUCUGGAUGAGGAAAAGGCAAAAUUAUUUGCCAAGAAGGAGGUCGUUUUUCAAAAUUACAAGUCUGUUCUUGCUCGUCUCAUGGCUGAGCACGCUUCGGAUCCCGACUCACCGUUCAUAGAGUACGCGAAGUUCGAUGGCAAUUCCCAACUGAGAGCACCCAUUAGAACCAUAAGGAUAUUUUUAAGUAUGCAAACUACAGAAGAACGCAACUUCCCUAUGACCGUUUGCGUUAUUGCUUCUGCCAAAGUUUCUGAACUCAUCGGUCUUGUGUGCUACAAGUAUAGCCAAGAGAAACGAGAACCCCCGCUAAGUGGAACUGUGGAUAACUACGCCCUGUUUAUUGCAGAAGAUGACGGUAGUCCCGAUGCCGAUUUUCCUUGUCUCGAACCUAAAGAGGUAGUCGGAAAGUUUGGAUUUACCUCACUGGCGUUGGUUCGUUCUACGCAACCUCCGAAAGAGGUGAAAAAAGAGAAUGAAACUACCAAGACGACGGACCAACCUACUGCUGAGAAACCAGAUGAUCGUGGAACCGUUUUGGAAUCUACCGAUUACCAAUCUUUCAAAGGGUUUCUGCUACACAAUAUUCGACCUAAAACAGAAAUUACUUUGGGAAUUUCGUGGGAUCAAGUGGAAAUCAAGCCUUGCCCAGCAACGAGUCGAUCUGUGACGACUUUGCUGUGGUCACGACCAAACCUCAAACCCACCCGUUUGCCUAUGGAGGUGAUCGUCGACUGUGUUCCUUUGCAAACAGUACCAACCUCAGUGGCUAUUAUGUAUUACGACACAGACAAGAGAAAAUGGAGGCGUUUGCGAAUAGAGUGUGACAUUAAGAUUAUUGAACAAAUUGUGGCAAAGUUAAAAUUCAUAUUAGAAAUCCGGGGGGGACUUUACCGCCAAGAAUACCUUCACCACAUGUCAUACGUGAGCAAGAAAGCCAGCCUCAUCCGUUAAACGAGAAAUUUUUAUAUUUCAAUUGUUUGUUUAAUAAAUGUUGUUUGAAAUGUGAA